AUAGGAGCAAUUCGAGGCAGCACAGAAGUUUAGAGAACUUUCUCGGCUGCAAGUUCCAAUGUUUAUUAUAGGCUCUGCCCAGUAUUUGCAGCUUGCAGUCAGAGGAUCAAGACACUGUUCUUCUGCUCAGUGAUUCGGCAUAUUUCACUGAGGAUUUUAGCCAACUUUUAAUUCAUUUUGGCCCAUCCUUAAGACUCUGCAAAUAUCUGUUCUGCACCGAAGAUCCUUCUCCUGUAAAUCUUUCUUUUUGAUCAGAUUUUUACAAUUAAUACCUUUUUUUGGUUGGCACUUUCCAGAUUUGUUGACUCUGAAGACAUAAAAUGGCUGAUGGUCAAUUUCCCUUCACUUGUCAGUUCCCUGUCACCAGAACUAGAACCCGUGAUCCUUUCCGAGAUCCCUUCUUAGAUGAUGACUUUGGCAUUUCUCCAUUUCCCGAUGAUUUAACCAUGGACUGGCCAGAAUGGGCAAAACGCAGGAUUCCAGAACCUUGGCCUAGCACUAUGAGACAAGGCUCUGUGCGGACCUCUAACAUACCACCCCCUGUUUACAGUGCCAGAUACACGGGUCACCCAGAGCCUCGCAAUUCUGUGGCCCCUACCAGCCAGCCAUGGAAAGUGUGUGUUAAUGUGCAAACUUUCAAGCCGGAGGAGAUAACUGUCAAAACCAAAGAUGGAUUUGUAGAAGUUUCAGGUAACCAUGAGGAGCAACAGAAAGAGGGAGGGAUAGUCUCCAAGAAUUUCACCAAGAAAAUACAGUUGCCAUCUGAAGUUGAUCCCGUGACAGUAUUUGCCUCCCUUUCUCCAGAAGGUCUUCUCAUUAUUGAGGCACCAUUAGUUCCACCCUACAAUCACUAUGGAGAUGACAGCUACACCUACGAGCUUCCACUUGAUCAGCCGGAAGAGAUUUCUUCCUAAGCGAUGCCAAUAGAAAUCCUCCACUGGAGUAUCUCUUUAGGAUUCCAUACAAGGCUACAUUAAGUGUACAUUCAAUCGAUUGAUCUUGUAUAAUUAAUUUCUUACCAAGUCAUAUUUCAUCGAUUCUUUCUAGAGUUCCACUGUAGACUUUAGCUCACGUUAAAAUAAAAUAAAUAAAUCCAGGAACCUUAGUAACGUGCUCUUGAUAGGUUUUAGAAGUGGUGACUGCAGGGUGGCACCAAGUCCCUUACGUACUGUGUGGUGUAUAUUGUCUAACUUACUGAGCACAAGCUGAUAUUAUCUCUAGAUCACUUUACCCACAAACAGAAAAAAAUACUGCAGUGUUAAACAAACAAAACUGGCUGUUUUAGUAACGUUUGAAAAAUAAAACCUUUUUCAUAAUGGAAGUAAUUAUUUGCUGAUAUAUAUACAAUGUGACAUAUAAUUUUACCUUUUGAAGCUAUAGCUACCAGGUGUGCGCCACAAGAAGAAGAAAAAAAAAAAAAAGUUGAGCCCACCCCUGGCACUGAAAGGGUUAAUGUGCCUGCGUCUGACACCAAAACACGCAAAGCGAUGUGAUGAUGUUUCCCUUCCUGCGUCCUAAGAGUUGAUGCUUCUUUGGUGCUGCUGCACCUUAAAUGGACUAAAUGGGGUUUAUUCACUAAACAGCACACGGCAAUGAAUUGAAAACUGAAAAAGGUUAAAAUAGCAGAGCCUUGAUUAUAGCUGUGAAUUUUUCAAACACAGCUAUGUUGCCAACUCAGGUUUCAUUUCACCAUUUGCGGUUUAUUGAAUAGACCCCAAUACUGUUGAUGUAGUAAAUUGCUAUGCAAUCUUAUUGCCACUGAGUGCAAUUGCAAGAUUAUAUCAGCUUAAUCGCUCCAUUCCUAUCAGUCAAGUUUAGUGCAUAGAUAGAGCAUUAUAAAGCAUCAUUUUAUUUGUAUACACUCCCUCAUAAAUGACUAAUAGUAUUACACACUAGGGUGAAACAAAAAUGACAUUUGCAUAUUUAACACUUAGCGAAUAUUUGAGUCAAUGCAAUGACCAUUUAAAUCAGUACAAUCAUUCAUCAUCUGGUAUUGUGUAUAUAAUAAUAAUAAUAAUAAUAAUAUAACUUACUGGUAGACUGCAUUUUCAGAAGGAUACACUGCUAAAAAAGCAGGUUAAUAUGUUACCUUCCAUUUGGCUGUCAUUUGGAGCUAUGUAAAUGACUGUUUUAUUUAGACAUUGUGUUUAUAUUGUAAAUGAUAUCACAGAACAAAUGACAUGUCUCUGUUGCUGAAUCUUAUAGUUUAACAGAAAAACUUGUGUAUUACUUACUGAAGUAUAGUGGGCAUCUCAUAGCUACUAUAAAAAUGUAGUUGCAUUGUUGUUAAAAA